AUGACUGUGGGCACCGGAGAAGCAUUCAGGUAUGUAGUGGUUCACCCUGGGGACCAUGGCUUUGAAGCCAGAAACCCAGGAGCUCUAUUUGUGGCAUUGUCAAGAGCAAAAUCGGCAGGUGGGGAAGGAAGAGAUCCUGAUUUUGCUUUUCAUGAGGAUGUUCUGAUAAACAAUGACAGAUUCAGACCUGUGGACACUCCAACUACAAGAGCUAGAGCAGUGGAGAUUGAGAGACUGCAUGUCUUAGCAACUCAGAGUCGACAGAGAAGGGUGUUAGCCCCAGCAUAUAGGGAGGAAACAUUUCUCAGACUCGUAGAGUGGGCUCAGUCUCAAGAUCGUCAUUGA